UGUCGCUCAUCGUGGAUUACGUCCCUUGGUUAACUCUUCUUCACAAAAGGUAACUUAGGUAGCAACUUCCGGAUUGGUGUAUCCAACGAUGCUGCAGGUGAAAAAUCAAUAAUCUUACUGUUUCUGUGGCCCGUGUAUAAAUGUUAGACGUGACAGGUCACUACCUGUUUAGAUGUUAACCAGAGGCAUGAUUAUCACCUGACUUGGUGUAACCUUCACGGAGUGCUUUACUGAGAAGAGGUGACCGUGAUGAGACUGGUUCACGCAACCGAAUUAUUCCCAGCUUUCUUGAAACGGGGGUGAACGACCGGUCAUCUUUCUGGUUCCUUGAGCGUGUAGUACUUUUUGCCACGACUGUGUUUGUUUUUGAUGCGCCCAAUGAAGUCGUGCCCAGUGUCAAAUUGAUCAAUUCUAUAACAUGAUAAGUAAGAAUACCUUGUAUUGUUCUCACUUGAAUCGGCGUUAUAUGUGGUAGUAUUCGACAUAGCAGUAUCAGCUUUAGAGAUGAUAACGGACUCUUCACUGGCUUUACAGGCUUAUAGAAAGUGUGGCUCACUAGCUCCAAUGAAUAGGAACUAGCCAUUACUUUGUUGGUUGAAUGGAAGCAGGAUGACAAAAAACAACAAAAGUGCUGCUACCAUCCGAAGAAGAAAGCUACGGCCUAAACAAGAUGACCUUCAGAGGGUGCGAGAAAGUAACCAGAGUUCCCCGAUUCAGAGUGAGGAUGAAGGACGAGAGGAAGAUGACUGUCACAUGUUUGAUGAUGAAGUGCUAGGACCCAACAUCAUCAAAAAGAUCAUGGCAUCAGAGCGGACUCUAUUCCUGGGACUGCUGGCUCUGCGCAUCACCAACUCUCUGCUCAUACAGACGUUCUUUGUUCCGGAUGAGUACUGGCAGUCCCUGGAAGUAGCCCACAACAUGGUCUUCCACUAUGGCCACCUGACGUGGGAGUGGCGGGAGGGGAUCCGGGGCUACACCUACCCCCUCUCCUUCGCCCUGCUUUACAAGUUCCUGCACAUCUUAGGCCUGGACAACAGGGUGCUUCUGAUAAAGCUACCGAGGAUGUUGCAGGGCGUCAUAGCUGCCUGUGGAGAUCUGUACUUGUAUCGGCUGUCUCGCAUGCUGUGCGACCGCCCAACAGCACAGUGGACCCUGCUGUGCCAGACGCUGUCAUGGUUCACCCUAUACUGCGCUACACGCACACUCACUAACUCCACCGAGGCAGUGCUGGUUACCAUGGCGCUGUAUUACUAUCCCUGGCCAAAAAGCCCUCAAAAGUCCUCUCUGAGUAAGUUCUUAGUGCUGGCUGCACUGUCUGUGAUAGUGCGGCCCACGGCAGCCAUCUUGUGGGUCCUGCUGUGCUGCUGGCAUCUUCAGUUGAACCGAGCAUCGUUGCCGACGCUCAUCAAACAGUACAUACAAAUAGGACUAGCAGUGCUAGGCUUUGCGACAAUGAUCGAUCACAUCUUCUAUGAUCGCUGGGUAUUUGUACAGCUCAAGUUCCUGCAGUUCAACGUACUCAAAGGGGGAAGUGCAUUCUACGGCUCGCAUCCCUGGCACUGGUACCUUACACAGGGCUAUCCAGUCGUCAUGGCAACACAUAUACUUCCUUUCUUGCUAGGCGCGUGGAAGGCAAAAAACAAAGUGUUGCUUUUUGUGAUAUUAUGGACAUUAUUUAUAUACAGUUUCCUGUCUCACAAGGAGUUCCGCUUCCUGCUGCCGAUUCUCCCCAUUUCCAUGCACUACUGUGGAGUGUACUUUCAGUCUCUAUGCAAACGACCAAACCUCAAAAAAAGAAAAUCAAAGAAGAGCAGGCAGGGAGGGGAUGAGGAUUUGAACGAAAGCUUUAACAGCAGCACCAGCAUGUCGGACACAAUGGACAACCAGUCGCUGCUGCAGCCAGAAAAACAACCUUCACCUUCCAAACCUGCCGACCUUGACCCAGAGGUCAGGAGGGCACAGCAGCACAGGGCUAACCUGUCAAAGGCCAAGAUUAUUGUACUGAUCCUCAUUGUGACGAACAUUCCGGUGGCUCUGUAUUUCUGCCUCAUUCACCAGCGGGGGACGGUGGAUGUCAUGAAGUUUGUCCAUGACGCCAGUAUAGAGAAGAGUGUGGAUGUCCUGUUCCUUAUGCCGUGCCAUUCCACCCCAUAUUACAGCUACAUCCACCGCAACAUCUCCAUGAGGUUCCUGACGUGUGAGCCCAACUUGCAACAACGCGACAACUACAGGGAUGAAGCGGAGGUGUUUUUCCACGACCCAGUGAGAUGGCUGAAGAACGAGUACUCUGGCACCCGCCUCCCGUGGCCAUCACACAUCAUCUACUUCAGCCCACUUCAGCCUACAGUGGGCACACUGCUGAAUCAAAACGGCUACAAGCAAUGUGCUCGAUACUUUCAUACACAUCUCCCAGAAGGGCGAGUGGGGUCACAUGUUCUGGUCAGUUGUAGGUGAUGAAUUGGAAUUGGACCUUGUGGCUGUUUUGAGUUCUAUAUGAGAUUUCAUCUUGUAUUGAUGUAGAGGAGAUAAAUGCCGUAUUGUCAUGUAUGGGACAUAAACGAUGUACUGGCUCAUAUGUAGGUUGAACAUAUGCAUUGGCCCAGGAAAACACAGCUGCAUUGAGUUGAAGUAUAAGUCCUUCCUUUAUUCCGUGAUUCCUUGGUCACAGAUUUUUUUGCAGAAAUACCCACUUGGCGCAGAAAUGUACCUGUCCUGUAGAAAAUUACAUUUUGUUCAGAACUCAUGCAGAAUUUUGCAUUUUUCUACUGCAGAAUUUCGUCAAAUACACUGCAGAAUUUUAACAUGCAAGUCUAAAGCUGGUUUUAAACGUGUAAAAGUUGCAUCGGUUUACUGAAAUGAACAGUCAAUAUUUGAAUUGUGAAUUGUAUUAGUUAAAUCAUUCUAAAUAAUUAUUUGAGGUGUUCGUGUUGAAUGGAAUUUUGAAAAAGAAAUGUUUUUACGAACGAUCUUUUAAGCACUUUAUGUUUUGAGAAAUGGUUAAUGAAAACGAUACCCUGAUUUUGUUUUGAAGUUAUGUUUUUCGUAUUAUUGCUUACUGAAAGUGCAUGUCUGUAUUUACACUAGUGAUUACCAGAUUCAGUUCACUAAGCUAUUCUAGCUGUGGAUAUGUUUAUCAGAAAAUGUUUAUCUAAAAAUGGCUGCCCUUAGUUCAACAGGUGCAAAACUAUGAAAUUCAUGAAAAAAAAGCUUAAAAGUUUACAGAAUUGUGUGCAGAAUUAUCAUAAAUUGAUUAUAGAAUAUACAAUUGUUGACUGCAGAAUUAUGAUUGUUAUUAGCCACAAAACACAGCUGGGACUGAAGUAUGGGAGAUAACUGCUGUAUUGAGUCCAGUAUGGGAGAUAACUGCUGUAUUGAGUCAAGUUUGGGGGAAAAAUGCUGUAUUGAAUCCAGUAUAGGUGAUAACUACUGUAUUGAGUCAAGUAUGGGAGAUAACUGCUGUAUUAAGUAAGAGUAUGGGAGAUAACUGCUGUAUUGAGUAAAGUAUGGGAGAUAACUGCUGUAUUGAGUCAAGUAUGGGAGAUAACUACUGUAUUGAAUCAAGUAUGAUGGAUACGGUAACGGCACUAUUGAGUCGAGUAAGGGAGAUUAUUGCUGUAUUUAAUCAUGUAUGAGAAAUAACUGCUGCAUUGAACCAUUUGAGGGAGAUAGCUGCGGAGGAAAUAACGUCUGUAUGGGGGUCAUGUAUGGUAGUUUUCUGCUGUAUUGAACCAUAUAUGGGAGAUAACUUCUAUAUUGAACCAUAUAAGGGAGAUAACUUCUGUAUGGUGGUCAUGUAUGGUAGUUUACUGCUGUAUUGAACCAUAUAUGGGAAAUAACUGCUAUAGUGAACAAUAUAAGGGAGAUAACUUCUGUAUGGGGGUCAUGUAUGGUAGUUUACUGCUGUAUUGAACCAUAUAUGGGAGAUAACUUCUAUUUUGAACCAUAUAAAAAGAGAUGACUUCUGUAUGGGGGUCAUGUAUGGAAGUUUACUGCUGUACUGAACCAUAUAAGGGAGAUAACUUCUGUAUGGGGUUCAUGUAUGGUAGUUUACUGCUGUAUUGAACCAUAUAUGGGAGAUAACUUCUAUAGUGAACCAUAUAAGGGAGAUAACUUCUGUAUGGGGGUUAUGUAUGGUAGUUUACUGCUGUAUUGAACCAUAUAUGGAAGAUACCAGCUGUAUUGAACCAUAUAAGGGAGAUAAUGUCUGUAUGGUGUCAUGUCAGGGUCAAGGUUGGCACGUUUAGAAGGUGAAGGUUGUGUUUCUGGCUUGAGAUUUUACACAUGAUCAAUAUUACUUAGUCAUUAGAGAGACCAUAUACCGGUAUAUAGUCCCUGGUCAUUAGCAUAGAUUGUCUGUGUAACACCAAAUCAAUGCUAUUAUAGUGUCAUGUUAAUGUCAUCUGGUCAUGAUGGAUGAUAAAUAGAUGCUAAAUUUAUGGAUGAGGAGAUAAUGAUCACAUAUUAAACAAAAUGCUAACCAAGGUCAUGAAAAUGCAUAAUUAUUCUAGAUAUCUUUCGGGGUGAGUUUCAGGGACAUUUUUUAUAAUACUUCCAAUUUUGUCAUUCAGGAUUUUCUAAGGAGUUCUAGGUUUGUCAGCACCAUACCUGUGCUGGUGGGUUUCACCAAAGUGGUAAAUGUCUGAGACCUGCAUCACUUCGGGUUUUCCUCCCACAUAAAGCUGACUAUCAGAACUGUGGAAAUGGUAACUCAAUAAAUGAUUUUGAUAUUGACCUGUCACUGCAGGGUUUUAUCUGGGCCUGCUCAUAGGUUGAUAUUCGGCCCUAAGUCUGCAGCAAAUGUCAGUAAAAAUUCCUAAAUUGUAAUAAAAAAAAUUCCAAUUCAUGUUAAUAUAUAUAAAACUAAUAACUAAUAUUAUUGCUUCGUAGACAUAACCUGCAUUUCACUGAUAACUAUUAUCAUCAUUAUCAUUAACCUCUUUAUUUGUUCUGUUAUCAGUGAAAUGAGCACAGAGAGAUGGUUACCACAGCUAGGUUUAUCUCUGACGACUCAUUUUGUUCCAUUGUACAUGUGAUCUCGAGAUAACAGUAUGACAGUUGGAGAACGUGGACAGCAUCACUACUGAUGGUCGCUGAUCAGUAUGGGGACUAGAUGACAGUAUGACAGUUGAGAACGUGGACAGCAUCACUACUGAUGGUCGCUGAUCAGUAUGGGGACUAGAUGACAGUAUGACAGUGGAGAACGUGGACAGCAUCACUACUGAUGGUUGCUGACCAGUAUUGGGACUAGAUGACAGUAUGACAGUGGAGAACGUGGACAGCAUCACUACUGAUGGUCGCUGAUCAGUAUUGGGACUAGAUGACAGUAUGACAGUGGAGAACGUGGACAGCAUCACUACUGAUGGUCGCUGAUCAGUAUGGGGACUAGAUGACAGUAUGACAGUGGAGAACGUGGACAGCAUCACUACUGAUGGUCGCUGAUCAGUAUGGGGACUAGAUGACAGUAUGACAGUGGAGAACGUGGACAGCAUCACUACUGAUGGUCGCUGACCAGUAUGGGGACUAGAUGACAGUAUGACAGUGGAGAACGUGGACAGCAUCACUACUGAUGGUCGCUGAUCAGUAUGGGGACUAGAUGACAGUAUGACAGUUGAGAACGUGGACAGCAUCACUACUGAUGGUCGCUGAUCAGUAUGGAGACUAGAUGACAGUAUGACAGUGGAGAACGUGGACAGCAUCACUACUGAUGGUCGCUGAUCAGUAUGGGGACUAGAUGACAGUAUGACAGUUGAGAACGUGGACAGCAUCACUACUGAUGGUCGCCGAUCAGUAUGGGGACUAGAUGACAGUAUGACAGUGGAGAACGUGGACAGCAUCACUACUGAUGGUCGCUGAUCAGUAUGGGGACUAGAUGACAGUAUGACAGUAGAGAACGUGGACAGCAUCACUACUGAUGGUCGCUGAUCAGUAUGGGGACUAAAUGACAGUAUGACAGUGGAGAACGUGGACAGCAUCACUACUGAUGGUCGCUGAUCAGUAUGGGGACUAGAUGACAGUAUGACAGUGGAGAACGUGGACAGCAUCACUACUGAUGGUCGCUGAUCAGUAUUGGGACUAGAUGACAGUAUGACAGUAGAGAACGUGGACAGCAUCACUACUGAUGGUCGCUGAUCAGUAUGGGGACUAGAUGACAGUAUGACAGUGGAGAACGUGGACAGCAUCACUACUGAUGGUCGCUGAUCAGUAUUGGGACUAGAUGACAGUAUGACAGUGGAGAACGUGGACAGCAUCACUACUGAUGGUCGCUGAUCAGUAUGGGGACUAGAUGACAGUAUGACAGUUGAGAACGUGGACAGCAUCACUACUGAUGGUCGCUGAUCAGUAUGGGGACUAGAUGACAGUAUGACAGUGGAGAACGUGGACAGCAUCACUACUGAUGGUCGCUGAUCAGUAUGGGGACUAGAUGACAGUAUGACAGUGGAGAACGUGGACAGCAUCACUACUGAUGGUCGCUGAUCAGUAUGGGGACUAGAUGACAGUAUGACAGUGGAGAACGUGGACAGCAUCACUACUGAUGGUCGCUGAUCAGUAUGGGGACUAGAUGACAGUAUGACAGUGGAGAACGUGGACAGCAUCACUACUGAUGGUCGCUGAUCAGUAUGGGGACUAGAUGACAGUAUGACAGUAGAGAACGUGGACAGCAUCACUACUGAUGGUCGCUGAUCAGUAUUGGGACUAGAUGACAGUAUGACAGUGGAGAACGUGGACAGCAUCACUACUGAUGGUCGCUGAUCAGUAUGGGGACUAGAUGACAGUAUGACAGUUGAGAACGUGGACAGCAUCACUACUGAUGGUCGCUGAUCAGUAUGGGGACUAGAUGACAGUAUGACAGUGGAGAACGUGGACAGCAUCACUACUGAUGGUCGCUGAUCAGUAUGGGGACUAGAUGACAGUAUGACAGUG